GCAGGUGAAAAAGAACAAUCUUGCUCCUCUUGCUUUAAGAGUGCAAAAUAUACUUGUUUACGGUGCCAGGGAUACUUCUGUAUCCUUUGUUCUGUCUUCGAGAAUGAUGAAAGGUCAAACUGUCAAGCGGCUGGAAAGCAGGCAGUUCAGUCGCAUAUUGUGAGCCAUGUUUCCGAGAAGUUAUGGAGGAGCAAGAAAAGAUCGAAUGUAAUGAUUCUAAUGAA